AUGACCACGAAUUAUGAUCUCAUAGUCGUAGGAGCUGGUUGGUUCGGGCUCGCCGCAGCUAGGACAUAUUUGGAGCUCCACCCAGGAGUGAAGUUGCUUGUCAUCGAUUCUGCUAGCAGUAUCGGCGGCACCUGGUCCAAUGACCGGCUUUAUCCAGGCCUCAAAUCGAAUAAUUUCUUCGGGUCAUACGAAUAUCCCGACUUUCCAAUGGACGAGGAUGUGUACGGCGUCAAGCCAGGUGAACACAUCCCGGCUGGCGUUCUGCACCGCUACCUGACCGACUUUGCCACCAAGUUUGGAGUUGCUGAUCGCACCCGCUUAAAUACCAAAGUCGAAAGCAUUGAGGGCUCUCAAAGCGGGGGUUGGCUUCUCCAUGUCUCAUCCAGUGAUUCGAGAGAAACUUUGGAGACUGAGAAGCUCAUUAUCGCUACCGGCUUGACAUCUCAGCCGAACAUGCCCACCUAUGCUGGACAGGAGAACUUUACUUCGCCUAUUUUCCACGCCAAAGACUUCUGCAUUCAUAGAGAUACCAUCUCCAAAUCAAAGAGAGCAGUAAUCGUGGGCGGUGGCAAGUCUGCAUAUGACUGCGCUUAUGCUUUUGCAACAGAAGCGGAUGCUCAGGUCGACCUCAUUAUCCGCCCAACCGGUCAAGGCCCCGUCUGGCUCAACCCGCCCUAUGCAACUCCAUUCAAGACAAUGGUGGAAGAACUUAUCCACACGCGCUUUAUGACCUGGUUCAGCCCUUGCCCUUGGGGCGGAGAAGAUGGGUUUGGUGUUGCUCGAGGCUUCCUCCAUGGGACUGCUUUUGGCAGGCUUCUCGUCGAAAACUACUGGAACAAAUUGACUGCCGACACUAUUGAAGCAAAUGGAUUUAAUGACGACUCGGAACUCUUCAAGCUGAAGCCCUGGUACUCUGCAAUGUGGACCGGGAGUGGAGUCGGAAUUCACAAUUUUGACUCGAGCCUCUGGGACCUCGUGAAGCAGAGAAAGAUUCGAGUUCACCUAGCAGACAUUACCAAACUUGAUGGGCAAAAUGUCUAUCUCACCAAUGACAAAGUGAUCGAAACCGAUGUCGUCGUCUGUGCAACCGGCUGGAAGAAGGAUUCUAUCAUUGACUAUUCCAAAUGCAAAGACGUGGCCCAGCUCGAAUACAAGGAUGGCCAGCGAGAUAUCAUGUGCAAAGAGGCGGACAAGGAAAUCCUCCAAUCAUUCCCCAUGCUCAAGUUGCAGCCAGUCCUUCGAUAUGAGCGAAAGGACUCUGAGCCUCUUCGCAAUUAUCGAUUUAUUGUUCCCGCGAACUUGGUCUCCAAGCGCAAUGUUGCGUUUGCCGGCAUGGUGUCUACCACUAGCACGGCGAUGUUUGCCAACGCCCAAGCCCUCUGGAUAUCGGCCUUCUUCGACAAUAAACUCAAGAGACUACCAAAGAACCAGGACGAGGUCGUCAAAGAAACGAUGCUUUACACCCGAUUUGGCAAGUGGAGAUACCCUUGUGGGUACGGAGAUUCAAUCCCGGACUUUGCGUUCGAUUCUCUGCCCUAUGUAGACUUGCUGCUCAAUGAUUUGGGGCUCAAGAGUCAGCGGAAGGCUACGCGAAUGGCAGAAAUCACUGAGCCAUACAAGCCGCGGGACUACAGCGGGCUAAUCAAUGAAUGGACUGAAGCUGAAUCCAAGUCGAACGGACCGAGAGUAGUCUAG